AUGACAUCCCAGAAGCGGGAUAUUUUAGAGCUCGAUGACGACAAUCUGAGCGAAAUACUCUCACGUUCACCAACGCCAGAUGGUCAAUACGAUGAGAGUAUACCGACUGAACAAGUUACGCCCGCUGGUAUGCCUGACUGGGGACCUGUCGUCAGCUGCUUGUGGGACGAUUGCUUUAUCGUCUUCGGUGAUCAGCAUUUACUUAUAGAGCACAUUACAAAUGACCACAUCGGUCAGCGACCAAAUGGUAAAUAUACCUGCGAAUGGCAGAGUUGUUCACGUAAAGGCAAAAAUCAAUCUUCUCGUUUCGCUUUGAUAGCACACUUACGUUCACAUACAGCCGAUAAGCCAUUCAUUUGUCAGGAGAAAGCAGAGUGUGACAGGUCAUUCACGCGUUCAGAUGCUCUCGCGAAGCAUAUGAAAAUGCAGCAUCACGUAGAAACACUUCCAUCAGGUAAGACAGUUCCAUUACCACCAAGCGAGCGCAAGAAAAAGCAAAAGCUAGAAGACGGUGCCCCUGACGAUUCUCAAGAUGUAACCGAACCUGAUCAAUCUAUCAAGGAAGAUGAAAGCGCCUACAUUGACCUCAUAGAUGAGAGUAUCUUUCAGUCUAUACCCGACGAUCCUAACCAACCAUUUUACCUCCCUCAAUACACUUACGCAUCAGCGCAGUAUCAUCUCAUUGAAGAGAACAACGAGAUACUCAAACAGCACCUUGAUUAUGAAUCUCAGACACUUGAAAAAUUGGACAAAGAAAAUGACAAAUUGUUGUCUGAGUUGAUGUCCAUAGAAGUGAACGAGAAAGCCUCAAAUGAUUUCUUUAAAGAGCUCACCAUAAAGAACACGAAAAAGAGUCUGAAAUCGAAUAACAAUCAUUAUCGAUCAGGCGCCCACGUCGUUUAUCAUGAAAUACAAACAGAAGAAAUUGACUAGAUAGACGUCUUGUAUUUUAUAUUUUUAUUCGCAUGUAUAACACAAAAAUCUG